AUGACUGCUACCAAAUUAUCGCGCUCUCUGUCGAGUUCCUCCACCACACCCUUGCUUAAAAAAGAUGAUUACACAAUCACUAUAGUACCAUCAAACUCGUCUUCUGAAAGAAACGAAAUCAGAGAUAACCCAUUUUUGGAUCCGAAAGUAGAAGAAUAUUAUCGAGAAGUAUACAAAACAUCAAAAUAUGAAUGCUAUUGUGUCUUUGAUCCUCAGUUUGAAUGGGCAAAAGAGGAAGAGGAUAAUGUCAUUAGCAAACUUAAUUAUAGAGUGGCUUUAGCAGCAUGUCUUCUUUUCGUUGGCUUGCAAAUCGACAGAGGAAAUCUUCAACAAGCAAUCAGCGAUAAUAUGCUCAAUGAUCUAGCACUAACAACUAAUGAAUACAACACGGGCAACACUUUAUUCUACAGCUGUUUCUUAUUGGCAGAGGUACCUUCACAGCUAAUUUCAAAAAGUUUGGGACCAGAUAUUUUUAUCCCGAUCCAAAUGUGUGCUUGGUCAGUUGUUGCAAUCAGCCAGGCGGCAUUAUCAGGGAAGACAUCUUUCUAUUUGACAAGAGCAUUGAUCGGGAUGUUGGAAGGUGGUUUCAUUGCUGACUUGGUACUAUGGCUAAGCUAUUUUUUCACCAGUAAAGAAUUGCCAAUUAGAUUAUCCUGGUUCUGGACGACUUUAGCGAUAGUUCAAAUUUGUUCUUCAUUGUUAGCAUGUGGUAUUUUGAGAAUGAGAGGCAUUGGUGGGCUAGAAGGGUGGAGAUGGUUAUUCUUAAUUGAAGGUGUAAUCACUUUUUUCAUUGGAGUUUCAGCAUUUUAUUUAAUGGUACCUUCAGCAGUUGAGACAAAGAACUGGAUGCACCCAAAGGGUUGGUUUAGUGACCGUGAAGAGAAAAUUGUUGUUAACCGAAUCUUGCGUGAUGAUCCGACAAAGGGAUCAAUGAAUAACAGACAAGCACUUAGUGUCAAGGAAUUAGGGGCUAGUUUGAUGGACUAUAAUCUUUGGCCAAUUUUUGCUCUUGGACUUAUCGCGUAUAUUGGGAAAUCAACUAUGGGGACAUACUUUACGUUAAUCAACAAGGAGUUGGGGUUUUCAACAUUCGAAACAAAUUUAUUAGCCAUACCGCCAUCUAUUUUGCAUAUUUCGUUUUUAUUGGGAAUUACUUGGUUAUCUGAGAAAACAAACGAGAGAUCUUUGGUGUGUUUGAUAGCCCCAUUAUACGCAAUUCCACUAAUAGCAGUCAUUAGAUGGUGGCGUGGAUCAGGUAAGCAGGUGUGGGCAACAUGGAUGUUAUCGACUUUAUUUUUAGGACAACCAUAUAUCCAUGCAAUAUGUGUUGCAUGGGUUUCACGUAAUUCAAACUCUGUGGGGUCAAGAUCAAUAUGUUCUGCACUAUACAAUAUGUUUGUUCAAAUGGGGGCGAUAAUUGGUCUGAACAUUUAUCAAGAAGACGAUUUCCCAUUGUAUAAAAAGGGGAAUACCAUAAUAUUCUUGAUUGAAAUGCUGCUAAUCCCGUUGUUAUUGCUUACAAAAGCAUUUUAUAUUUGGAAGAAUAUGCAAAAAAGUAAAAUCUGGAAUAAGAUGACUGAGGAGGAAAGGGAGUAUUACCGCAAACACAGCACUGACAGUGGCAACAAAAGGUUAGAUUUUGUAUUUGAACAUUAA